AUGGAAGACAUGCCGCGCCGCACCCGCCACAACUUUCAUACUCAGUUCCUACCUUACUCCACCAUCCAUCCGGAUCCGAAGCCAAAAGCCGCCGAGUUUCCUGAGAGUCGCGCGUCGCGUCCGGAGGGCGGAGCGAAGUCAUUUUCGACCAUGGAUGAGCUACCAAAUCGAAGCCUUUCGACAGCAAACAAAGCCGAUCAAGUGCCCACCCUUUUACUUUCCAAUGACGAGCAGCGCGUCCUUGCUCUUUACGACGAGCUUCGCGACCUCGAGAUCAAGGUCGCUCUGGUGAAGGCACAACAGAGCCAUGUCUCAGACUCAACAACACCAAGCACAGAAGAAAAUGUGAGAAAGGCUCAGCAGGACGCGUCGACGGCGCGUGCGGGAUGGCUUCUGAGGAACAAUAUCACGGAUAGUGUCAUGACGGCCAGCCCCAUCCUCAAAGCUGUCCAUGGGAGCACACAGUCAACGCCCAUCGAAACUGACCUCCUACCACACAUCCGCUCCCGCGACAACGUCUCUGUCGCCCUCGCCAACAAAUCAGAAGACAUCCGCAGCCUCAUCAAGCAGCUGACAGAGGUGGAAGCCGAGAGCCUACGAGUCGGCCGGAAAAACGUGGAGCUCACAGCCGAGAUCCUCAGGCUUACUGAGGAUGCGGAAAAGAGAAAUGCGGGCGAGACUGACGACCCCGCCGUGCAGGCGGAGAUAGCCAGACUUGAAGCCGAGAUGAAGGCGAGCAUACGGCGGUGGAAAGUUAUGAAAGGCACCGCCAGUGCUGUGGUCGUUGGCAGCGGCGUAGACUGGUCCAGAGAUGAAGCGCUGCGCGAGGUAGUACUGGACCCCGAAGAUGACGAAUACGCCGUGGGGAGCUGCGGGCAGCCGCCUAGAAUCCAGGACUAUGAGAUGGUGCCAAUUACAAUGGCGUAUUACCACCGGUUUGAGGGGCUCGCCAAAUGGAAUGGACCGAAACCCAAGACCUCAGUACGUCGGAACGUUCGCUUCAACCCGCCCUACGCAGGUUGUAUGCAGGUACGGACCUCCAGAGGCUCGGUCAAGUCGGCACCACCCGCAGGCAUUUUUUGGUUUUCAAGCUCACCUUCGGCCCCUGCCGGCUCACGAAACUGGACAGGGCUUAGCGGCACCUCGGACGCUAUGACCACGGUGAUGUCGAAUCACGUGGGUGAGCUUGGCUCCGAGAUCUGCUCCUGUGGCCAAUGCUUGAGCUUGAUCAGCUGCUCUGUCUACCUACCUUAUGUAGCUGGAUUGCUGGAAACUACCAAUGAGCUCAUCCUCUUCCGUUAUGGUGACUUUCGCGCGCAAAGUGACAAGACUCGAGAGCUCCCAGACGCCGUGAACAGCUUAAGCGUCGAGAUGAACCACGCGUUUCGCGUUUCCAUUACAUACCCUAAGAGGGAAGAGGGAAGGGAAAAUGGGACUGGAAGUUGGGGGGAGCUUUGCACUCCCCGUCAGUCAAGCUCUGUGUCUGCUGCGACAGAUCAGCCAGGAGGCCCAGGAGGAGUGGAGCAUGGGCUCGCGUUGAACUACACAGUCUACACUACACCUCAGUCUCCGACUCUCCAUGUACCUCUCGUUGGGAGAGCCUUCAGUCAGGGAGGGCCAAUAUUUGCCGAGGGACCAUCAGGUACAGCACAGUAUCAGCAAAACAAAGGCAACCAGACCGGCGAAAUUGCCUGGCUCCGUGUAUCCGCUGCAAGUCGUCGGUACUUUGCGCACUUUGUUCGCCAGCCCGUUACCACCGCCUUCCCAGUGCUAGCCCAGCCAAACAGGGAACAAGCGGGCAAAAGCAAAAUGGCUGGGCCCGGCGGCCCUGACUGGAAUGGUGAAAUGGUGCGGCAACGCCCUCCUACUGGAGUCCUGGGCAGACACGGCUUGUCUGGCUCAUGGGCAAAACGCGCUGCUGGCUUGCCAAUUUGCAGAGGAGACCUGCAUUGGGCGUCUUGGGUGCGCGUUGGUAUCCCACCCUUCUUUGACGCCGGGAGCGUUGCACCGCCUGGCUGCUGCCCGCUUCGUGGUGUGUCGGUGUUAGAAGACGUAGAACAGAGACGAGAUAGACACGCCGCUCGCCGUCGGUCUCCGGUCGCCAUGCAAUCGUCAAGCUCCGCAAAUAGUAACGCAGCUCUUUCUCCGUUAUUUAAUGUGAAGCUUACGGCUCUGUACGGAUACCUACCAGUAAGCCCUUCGUCGAUCACCUGGCGGCGGAGGGUGACUUGGAACAGUAUGUACUGCGCAACCACGCAUCCGCUGCAGAAGCAGGUUGCUCUAGGAGUGUCCAACAAUAGACACUACGGAGGCGGAUGGAUGAUUGAUUGGGCGCAUUCGCCCAAGCUGAUUCCGGAGUCGGUGGACCGCGUUUGGGGUACCUUGGGCCAAUACCCAGAUUCCGUUUCGGCCAGCCUGAAUGCCAUCCCCAUCAGUGCUUCGCAUCACGCCUCAUCACCCGAAGCUGAGUUUACGCCUCCGUGCACACCAGCCGACGGUGUGCCCCUGACUGCCAGGAGAUCACACGAGUGGUCUAGAGGCGCCCCAGUCAGUUGCUGUAAGCUCCUAUGGGCUCAGGGGCUCUCCAAGUCACGUCGAAAGCUGGUGGGUGGCUUCACGCCGGAACUCAGCUAA